AUGCUCGACUCCCUGUACUUUGUGUUUUCUGCGGAAGACUUCGAAUUUGAAGAAAAGAUAGCAGCCAAUCCUUUCUUCUUGAAGACUUGGUUGGCAUACAUACAAUACAAACAAAUACAACAAAAUAAUCAUCCCAACUACAACAACAUUAUUAACGCGUUAUUUGAACGUGCACUUUCAUGCUUACCGGGAAGCUAUAAGUUAUGGAACAUGUAUCUCGAUGUCCGAAUGACCCAAUGCGAACACUUACAUCCAAUAACCAGAUUGGAUACUAUCAAGUAUUCAUUUUCAUCAUUUGAUGGAGAUUUAAAUGGCAAUUACACAAGAUCGGGCAUUCCGAGCAAUGAUGUCGAGAAAGGGUUAGAGCUGAGAAUCAUCGAGAGUGUCAAUCAGGUUUUUGAAAAUUGCUUGAUCACCAUGCACAAAAUGCCCACAGUUUGGCUGAAGUAUUUAAAAUUUGUUGUGAGAACACAGCCAACAAUCACUUUGGUUCGGAUGAUAAUGAAUAGAGCUCUUCAGGCUCUUCCUGUCUCUCAACACGACAUUGUUUGGAGGUUUAUAGUUUGGGAAUGGGUAUUAAAUGAACGUUCAAAAGUUCCGAAAGAAACAGGAUGUAGAUUGCUUAAAAGAUUUUUAAAAUUAGAGCCAUCAUUUAUCGGCCAAUACUUGGAGUAUUUAUCAAAAGUUGGUUGCUAUUCUGAGAUAUGUGAAUUACUGAUGGGAAUUCUUGGCUAUGCCUCUUCGGAUGGGAUCAACUUUGGCCCCAUUCAUGUUGAUAUUGCCAUAGAAAAAGCAGCCGCUUACUAUUUGAAAGAACACUCGUCGUUACACGUUUGGGACCAACUUUGUACUGUUGUUGCUGAUCAUGCACAACAAAUCAAUAUUUCACACUCUGUGAUUGAAUCUAUUCUUGUUACUGGAACAAAACGCUAUCCCAGUGAAAUUGGAAAGUUAUGGACAACUUUAGCACAGUAUUAUAUUCAGCAUGGAAAGUUUGAUGCUGCCAUUAGUGCAUACGAAAGUGGGAUGUCCAGCGUUUCGACUGUUAAGGAUUUUAAUUUAAUAUUUGACACGUAUGCCAAGAUGUUCGAUGAACUUAUUAAGUUUCAUAUGCAACUGCUGGAACAAGGUGUUGACGAACAAAAUCGACAAGAACUUGGUCUGGAAGUUUUAAUUUCCAAGUACGAAAAUUUAAUGGAUCGAAGAUCAUUUCUUCUAAACUCUGUCAAGUUAAAGCAAAAUCCAAACAACAUUCAUGAAUGGCACAAUCGAUUGAAGUUGACAAAAAAUAGAGAACAAUUCAACUACAAGAAUCCAAACCAAAAAAUAGAUGGCAUCAUUGGUUGCUAUGAAGAAGCCAUUUCCAAUAUCAAUCCUGAAAAUGCAAGCCAUGGAAAAAUUUAUUCUAUAUGGAACAGCUAUGCAAGGUUUUUCGAGGUAGAGUUGCAUGAUAUCGAAAAGGCAAGAAGCAUUUACAAGAAAUUUUUGAAUAACAUUAAUUUUCAUGGUUAUUCCGCCACCACAAUUGAUAUAGAAAAAGUUGUGUGUGAUUAUGUUGAAAUGGAAAUCAGAAAUCGCAACAACCAUGAAGCACUAUCUAUAUUAUCAACUACUACACAGUCUGGUGAAGAUGUUCUAAAGUCAUCUUGCAGAAAAUCGUUGGCGGUAUGGAAUCUGUUCUUAGAUCUUGAAGAGAGCUUCAACAACAAUAUCAAGCGAAUGAAAAGAGCCUACAACGAAAUGACAGAAUUGAAAAUUGUCACUCCAGCUACAGUCAUCAAUUUCACACAAUUUCUAAUUGAAAACAGAUAUUUUGAAGAGGCCUUUUCCGUUUUUGAGAGGGCUACAUCAUUAUUCAACUAUCCACAAGUGUUUCCUAUUUGGUCUCACUAUUUGCUCCAAUUUAUUUCAAGAUAUCAACAUACCAAAUUAGAAAGAACAAGAGAUUUAUUUGAGCAAGCACUAUCUCAAAUGCCCUUCUAUUCAAAAGAAAGAGCUAGCCAACAAUCGGGAAAAGCCUACGUUGUAAAAAACUCCCAUGCCAGAGAUUUCUUUUUACUUUAUGUUAAAUUUGAGGAAAUGUUUGGUAUGAGCUCUAAAUCAGUACGGAUUUUCGAUAGGGCUGUUAAAUCUGUUUCUCCUAAUUCCCAAGAGCAGUUUCAACUAUAUCAAUUAUUUAUCACACGUGUUAGUGAGUUAUUCGGAGCUGCUAAAACCAGAGAGGUUAUGGAUAUGGCCCUUAAUCAAGCAGUGGAAAACAACGAUGCAUCACAUCAAUCUAAUUCCUUCAUUCGAGAUUUAACAUUGAGAUAUAUCUCCAUUGAACUUAAACUGGGAGAAGUAGACCGAUGUAGAAGUUUAUUUGCCUUUGCUGCCUCCUUCUGUAAUCCAGAAAUUCAAGAGCACUUUUCAAAACUUUGGGAGAGAUGGGCAAAGUUUGAGAGGCAAUUUGGCAACGUUGAAACCUUCAAAGAGAUGCUCAGAAUUAGAAGGUUUAUUAAACAGCAGUACAACGCAGAAACAUCGUCUUUCUCCAACCAGGGGUUACGUUAA